AUGAACUAUAGAACUUCCCACCCUAUCAGUAACAAUAGCGCAUUUGCGCAAUGGUUCCAAACCAAAGUUGAACCCAAAACACCGGUGUCCACAGGUGAGCCCAUCGAGCUCUUCUCCUCGUUUAUCUGUCAAAACGUCGAUUUCCCAGAAGGUUUGCGUUCACGCCCCUGCAUCGCACCUAGUUGGUACGGACGAGAGGCAGAGUACGAACGAGAGGCGGAGCCAGUUCAGCGAGAACUCAACGAUCACAUCACACACUACAAUUGGCUUCUUCGAGGCUUGAAUCAGUCAGCGGUUGCUUGCUCCACCCCCGAAGAGCAGCUCUCAGCACUCCAAGGGGUUGUCUGCAAAUUAAUUUCAGACAUCAUACACAUUUGCGAAGUCAAGUGGAUCCGCAUCAAGCAGGGUGCGGCGGUAGCUGCUCUCGUCGAGAAUAAGCACCGAGCAGCACAUGACAUCACGGGCGACUACGCCAAAACUUUUAAAGCCGUGCUACAGAAGAAGAAUGAAUUUGACCUCAUCAGAGGUGCUUCUCAUCAAAAUCGACAAUUUGACACUAGACGCGAACACGCUAAUAAGCAUGGGCCUCCACAGAACGCACCUAACACGGUACAGAACGAUCGCACUCGAGGAAGGGAAAGAGACAGUGUAGGUGGACGCAACGGUGCCAACAAGGACAAUAAAGAGAAUUUCAAUCCGUUCAAAAUAAUUAUCAAUCCGUUCGAGAAAUAG